AUAUGAAGGGGAAUUCAUGCAAGGCUGGUUCCACGGCCACGGAAUCUUCUGGAGAAACGACAACAUGAGGUUUGAGGAGAGUUUAGAGGAGGACGCAUCUGGGGCCUCGGCCUCGUGACUUACGCAGAUGGAUCCAACGGCUUCCCGCGUAAUGAGGGAUUCUUCCAAGAUUGCCGUUUUAUGAGGAAGACUAAGUGUCCUCAAGUCAUCCAGAGGGCUCAGAAGGUGUCUCACAUCGCCCGAG